AGAGAGAGAGAGAGAGAGAGAGAGAGAGAGAGAGAGAGAGAGAGAGAGAGAGAGAGAGAGAGAGAGAGAGAGAGAGAGAGAGAGAGAGAGAGAGAGAAAGACAGACAGAGAGAGAGAGAGAGAGAGAGAGAGAGAGAGAGAGAGAGAGAAGAGAGAGAGAGAGAGAGAGAGAGAGAGAGAGAGAGAGAGAGAGAGAGAGAGAGAUUGCCGGAGUCUACCAACGCCUAUAGAUACUCUAGAUUCUGUGAAAGGAGGCGGGGAAAUGGCAGUGUGGUCACUAGAAUAGGAACGGGAUGA